AGAGCGCGGAGGGAGAGGACGGGAGGGAGGGAAGAAGCGGCUGGACGUGGUCGCGUGGCGGGGCAAAUUGGUAUUUCGGCGCGUCGAUUCUCUUUUCCCGACGGCGUGGCGAGAAGCCGGACGCUUCCCCGGGGGACAGAGCUCGGGACGGCGGCGUAAAACAAAAACAAACAAACCCGGAGUGUUGGGGGAAGGGCCGGCGGCGGCUGCUGUGGCUUCUUCCGGGCUGGUGACGGACUAAGGCGGAGGCAGAGCAGCAGCAGCAGCAGCAGCGGCGUCAUCACGUGACUUUGGGAAAAGAGAAAAAAAAAAAAGCGGCGGCGGACGAGAGGGGAAAAAAAAGGGGCCGCCAAGAUGCACGGGGGCGCGCCCUCCGGGGACAGCGCGUGCCCGCUGCGCACCAUCAAGCGCGUGCAAUUCGGCAUCCUCAGCCCGGAUGAGAUGAAACGGAUGUCGGUGACCGAAACGGGCAUCAAGUACCCAGAGACCACGGAAGGUGGUCGCCCCAAACUCGGAGGGCUGAUGGAUCCUCGCCAGGGGGUCAUCGAAAGGACCGGGCGGUGCCAGACGUGCGCAGGCAACAUGACCGAAUGUCCCGGCCAUUUUGGCCACAUCGAAUUGGCCAAGCCGGUCUUCCAUGUCGGCUUUUUAGGAAAAACCAUGAAAGUCCUUCGGUGCGUUUGUUUCUUUUGCUCCAAACUGCUGGUCGACUCGAACAAUCCGAAAAUCAAGGAUAUCUUGACUAAAUCCAAAGGCCAGCCGAAGAAGCGGUUGACCCACGUCUACGAUCUCUGCAAAGGGAAGAACAUCUGUGAGGGAGGAGAAGAGAUGGACAACAAAUUUGGGGUGGAGCAGCCCGAAGGCGACGAGGACCUCACCAAGGAAAAGGGCCACGGGGGCUGCGGGCGCUACCAGCCGAGGAUUCGCCGCUCGGGCCUGGAGCUGUACGCCGAGUGGAAGCACGUGAACGAGGACUCGCAAGAGAAGAAGAUCCUGCUCAGCCCUGAACGGGUCCACGAAAUCUUCAAGCGGAUCUCGGACGAGGAGUGCUUCAUCCUGGGCAUGGACCCCAAAUACGCCCGGCCGGAGUGGAUGAUAUGCACCGUGCUCCCCGUCCCUCCGCUGUCCGUCAGACCGGCCGUCGUCAUGCAAGGCUCGGCCAGGAAUCAGGACGACUUGACUCACAAGCUGGCCGACAUUGUCAAAAUCAACAACCAGUUGCGGCGAAACGAGCAGAACGGGGCGGCCGCUCACGUCAUCGCGGAAGACGUCAAACUCCUCCAGUUCCAUGUGGCCACCAUGGUGGACAAUGAACUGCCCGGGCUGCCCCGGGCGAUGCAAAAAUCGGGCCGGCCUCUGAAGUCCUUGAAACAGCGUCUGAAAGGGAAGGAAGGCCGUGUGCGAGGGAACCUGAUGGGCAAACGGGUGGAUUUCUCCGCCCGGACGGUCAUCACGCCCGAUCCCAACCUCUCCAUCGACCAGGUGGGCGUGCCACGCUCCAUCGCUGCCAAUAUGACCUUUGCCGAGAUCGUGGCACCUUUCAACAUUGACAGGCUGCAGGAGCUGGUGAGCCGAGGGAACAGUCAGUAUCCCGGAGCCAAGUAUAUCAUCCGGCACAACGGAGACAGGAUUGAUCUCCGCUUCCACCCAAAGUCCAGCGACCUGCACUUGCAGAUUGGGUACAAGGUGGAGCGACACAUGUGUGACGGAGACAUCGUCAUUUUCAACCGCCAACCGACGCUGCACAAAAUGUCCAUGAUGGGUCACCGAGUCCGCAUCCUGCCCUGGUCCACUUUCCGACUCAAUCUCAGUGUGACCACCCCAUACAACGCUGACUUUGACGGCGACGAAAUGAACCUCCACCUUCCCCAGUCGUUGGAGACCCGGGCGGAGAUCCAGGAACUGGCCAUGGUGCCCCGUAUGAUCGUCACGCCCCAGUCCAACAGGCCCGUCAUGGGCAUCGUGCAAGACACGCUGACAGCCGUCCGCAAGUUCACCAAGAGGGACGUCUUCCUGGAGAGGGUGAGCGUCUCUUUUGUCCGUCCCGUCAUCGAGAAAGCCCACAACAAUGAGCUGGAGCCCACCCCUGGCAACACCCUGCGCCAGACCUUUGAGAACCAGGUCAACCGCAUCCUGAACGACGCCCGAGACAAGACCGGCUCCUCUGCCCAGAAGUCCCUCUCGGAGUACAACAACUUCAAGUCCAUGGUGGUCUCAGGGGCCAAAGGCUCCAAGAUCAACAUCUCCCAGGUCAUCGCCGUGGUGGGGCAGCAGAACGUGGAAGGGAAACGCAUCCCUUUCGGCUUCAAGCAUCGCACCCUGCCCCACUUCAUUAAAGACGACUACGGGCCGGAGAGCAGGGGCUUCGUGGAGAAUUCGUACUUGGCCGGCCUGACCCCCACCGAGUUCUUCUUCCACGCCAUGGGAGGCCGAGAAGGGCUGAUCGACACGGCUGUCAAAACAGCCGAAACGGGUUACAUCCAACGUCGGCUGAUCAAAUCCAUGGAGUCGGUCAUGGUGAAGUACGAUGCCACCGUCCGCAACUCCAUCAACCAGGUGGUGCAGCUGCGUUACGGCGAGGAUGGGCUGGCCGGAGAGAGCGUGGAGUUCCAGAACCUGGCUACCCUCAAGCCUUCCAACAAAGCUUUUGAGAAGAAGUUCAAGUUCGAUUACACCAACGAGCGGGCUCUGCGCCGCACCCUGCAAGAGGAGAUGGUGAAGGACAUCCUCAGCAACGCCCACAUCCAGAACGAGCUGGAGAGGGAGUUUGAGAAGAUGAAGGACGACCGGGAGGUGUUGAGGGUCAUCUUCCCCACGGGAGACAGCAAGGUCGUCCUCCCCUGCAACCUGCUGCGCAUGAUCUGGAACGCUCAGAAAAUUUUCCACAUCAAUACGCGCCUCCCCUCUGACCUGCACCCCAUCAAAGUGGUGGAAGGCGUGAAGGAGCUGAGCAAGAAACUGGUGAUCGUGAACGGCGACGACCCCCUGAGCAAGCAAGCCCAGGAAAACGCCACCCUGCUCUUCAACAUCCACCUGCGUUCCACCCUCUGCAGCCGUCGCAUGAUCGAGGAAUUCCGGCUGAGCGGGGAGGCCUUCGACUGGCUGCUGGGAGAAAUUGAAUCCAAGUUCAACCAGGCCAUUGCCCAUCCUGGUGAGAUGGUGGGGGCCUUGGCGGCCCAGUCCCUGGGGGAACCCGCCACCCAGAUGACCCUCAACACCUUCCAUUAUGCUGGAGUCUCCGCCAAAAAUGUGACCCUGGGGGUGCCUCGGCUGAAGGAAUUGAUCAACAUUUCCAAAAAGCCCAAAACCCCUUCUCUGACUGUCUUCCUCCUGGGACAGUCCGCCCGGGAUGCUGAGAGGGCCAAGGACAUCCUUUGCCGCUUGGAGCACACCACCCUUCGCAAGGUGACCGCCAACACGGCCAUCUACUACGACCCCAACCCUCAGAACACCGUGGUGGCUGAGGACCAGGAGUGGGUGAACGUCUACUACGAGAUGCCCGACUUCGAUGUCACCCGCAUCUCCCCUUGGCUGCUGAGGGUGGAGUUGGACCGCAAGCACAUGACGGACCGCAAGCUCACCAUGGAGCAGAUUGCCGAGAAGAUCAAUGCCGGCUUUGGAGAUGACCUCAACUGCAUCUUCAACGACGACAACGCCGAGAAGCUGGUGCUGCGCAUUCGGAUCAUGAACAGCGACGAGAAUAAGAUGCAGGAGGAGGAAGAGGUGGUCGACAAGAUGGACGAUGAUGUUUUCCUGCGCUGCAUCGAAUCCAACAUGCUGACAGACAUGACCCUUCAAGGCAUUGAGCAAAUCAGCAAGGUGUACAUGCACCUGCCCCAGACCGACAACAAGAAGAAAAUAAUAAUCACGGAAGACGGCGAGUUCAAAGCCCUCCAGGAGUGGAUCCUGGAAACCGAUGGCGUGAGCCUCAUGCGUGUGCUGAGUGAGAAAGACGUGGACCCCGUGCGCACCACCUCCAACGACAUUGUGGAGAUUUUCACGGUGCUGGGAAUUGAGGCGGUGAGGAAGGCUCUGGAACGGGAGCUGUACCACGUCAUCUCCUUCGACGGCUCCUACGUCAACUACCGCCACUUGGCCCUGCUCUGCGACACCAUGACCUGUCGCGGGCACUUGAUGGCCAUCACGCGGCACGGCGUCAACCGCCAGGACACGGGGCCACUCAUGAAAUGCUCCUUCGAAGAGACGGUCGACGUCUUGAUGGAGGCGGCCGCCCACGGCGAGAGCGACCCCAUGAAAGGGGUCUCGGAAAACAUCAUGCUGGGGCAGCUGGCCCCCGCGGGCACCGGUUGCUUCGACCUGCUUUUGGACGCGGAGAAAUGCAAAUUUGGCAUGGAGAUCCCCACCAACAUCACUGGGCUGGGCGUUGGGGGACCUACGGGCAUGUUCUUUGGCUCUGCACCCAGCCCCAUGGGUGGGGUGUCCCCUGCCACAACCCCGUGGAACCAAGGUGCCACGCCAGCCUACGGCGCCUGGUCUCCGAGUGUGGGGAGCGGAAUGACGCCCGGGGCUGCCAGUUUCUCGCCCAGUGCAGCUUCCGAUGCCAGCGGUUACAGCCCCGGGUAUUCCCCUGCCUGGUCGCCCACCCCAGGCUCCCCCGGCUCUCCGGGACCUUCCAGCCCUUACAUUCCGUCUCCAGGGGGCGCCAUGUCUCCCAGCUACUCCCCAACCUCUCCCGCCUAUGAGCCGCGCUCGCCCGGGGUGUACACCCCGCAAAGCCCCAGCUACAGCCCCACCUCCCCUUCCUACAGCCCCACCUCUCCGUCAUACUCUCCCACCAGCCCGAAUUACAGCCCCACCAGCCCCAGUUACAGUCCCACCUCCCCGAGUUACUCUCCAACAUCGCCCAGCUACAGCCCGACAUCGCCCAGCUACAGCCCAACCAGUCCCAGUUACAGCCCGACGUCGCCUAGUUAUUCUCCAACCAGCCCUAGCUACAGCCCAACCAGCCCUAGCUACAGCCCGACAUCGCCCAGCUACAGCCCAACCAGUCCCAGCUACAGCCCAACAUCCCCUAGUUAUUCUCCAACCAGCCCUAGCUACAGCCCAACAUCACCCAGCUACAGCCCAACUUCUCCCAGCUACAGCCCAACCUCUCCUAGCUACAGCCCCACCAGCCCUAAUUACAGCCCGACCUCUCCAAACUACACCCCGACUUCUCCCAGCUACAGCCCAACUUCUCCCAGCUACAGCCCGACGUCUCCAAACUACACCCCGACGUCUCCAAACUACAGCCCAACUUCUCCCAGUUACUCCCCGACCAGCCCUUCCUACAGCCCCACCUCGCCCAGCUACUCCCCCACCAGCCCCCGCUACACCCCCCCCUCCCCCACCUACACCCCCUCAUCGCCCAGCUACAGCCCCAGCUCGCCCAGCUACAGUCCAACCAGCCCCAAGUACACCCCGACCAGCCCGUCCUACAGCCCCAGCUCUCCGGAAUACACCCCGACCAGCCCCAAGUACAGCCCGACCAGCCCCAAGUACAGCCCGACUUCGCCCACCUACAGCCCGACCACACCGAAAUACAGCCCGACCAGCCCCACCUACUCGCCCACGUCGCCGGUCUACACCCCAACCUCCCCCAAGUACAGCCCGACCUCGCCCACCUACUCGCCCACCUCCCCCAAAGGCUCCACCUACUCCCCAACCUCUCCCGGCUACAGCCCCACGUCGCCCACCUACAGCCUCACCAGCCCGGCCAUCAGUCCGGACGACAGCGACGAAGAGAACUGAAGGGGGCUCCUGUCCGGCCGGAGAGGAGUUGCGGCGCGACGGUGAUUUGUUGACAAGUCUGGACAUUUGGGGGAGGGGCAGGUGGCGGGGCAGA